CUUCGUACGUACAUGCAUACGUUUGCUAUCACAUUAGUAUCACUACUUGUGUCCCAAUGUCAAAUGUGUACCAACAACUUUAAAUUAUCAUUUACUUCUGGUCAUGUACAUUCUGCGUACACACCUUUUGCUACCAAACGUUUUCGAUUCACGGAUUUAAUUUCUGCCAAGUACUUAUUUAUAACCGGAAAAGUUCAACGAGGGAACUCUUUUAAGAUUAAUGCCCGUGGUGAAGUGAAUUUGUGCUUCGAUUUCUUAAGUGGUAAACUAUCUACGUAUACAUACAUACUUCUUUCGUCAUAACAUAAAAUUCCAUUUCGCCAUGCUUUCCACCCUGCUCGGAAAACUCUCUUCCUUCGCGUGGAAAACGGUCGUUGGAAUCGAACCCAGUACGAUAACCACACUUCAAGCGAAGGUGGACUCUUUGGAAAAAACCAUUUCUACAAUCAAUCAGGAUGCGCAAAAAGUGGACGAGGAUACGAAUAUUUCUUCUCCGGAUUCAAAUCCCCCAGAUUUGUCUGUCCCCCAACCAACUGUGGCUGAAAAUGUAGAAAGUAAGCCCGCUGAAGGAACAAACCUUGACUUGAUGACCAAAGACGUAGAUGCAACAGAGACGCCAACAGAUGCACAGGGUAUAGACACUUUCGUGAACAAGCUAGCUGAUUAUUUAACAGAAAAAAAUGAUGACCAUGAGACACCACAAACUUGUCAGAUAACCUUCGACCCGGACAAAUUUUCAUUCGAAAUGGAAUCCCUGCUCGGAUUAGAAGAACAAGUUUCAUUCUUGCGAGAAAAUGUUUUAAUUCCGGCCGCAAAUCCAGAUCUCUUCGCCAAACUGGGAGUUGGACUUCCGCCAGCGAAAGGGAUCAUUUUCCAUGGACCGGCUACCCCAGAAAUGGCGAAUCUUGCGAAAGCACUGGCCUCCGAAUUGUCUCGUGUCAUGAGGCAAGUUGAGAAAGAUAAGGUGUCGGAUGACAAAAUCAUGGGUAAAGAAGGGGAGAAGAAGAAAAGUUUCAAAUUCUUUGAACAACCCAAAACGAAAAUUUUCGCCAAAUAUUCCCAAGACGGAAGUAAAUUUGUUGCAGAAUUGUUCACCGAGGCGAAAAAGGAGGCCCCUUGUAUCAUCCUUUUCGAGGAUAUUCAUAAUUCUUCAUAUCCGUCUUAUAACAACGACUUAUAUUGUCCCGACGAAUCCUUCAUCUCGGAAGUGAAUAGACAAAUGGAAAACUUGGGGUCGACCGAGAAUGUCAUUGUUAUCGCCACAGUCCCCUCACUCUCGCUAGUUCCUGCCACACAUAAGCUAUGUUUCGAACUGAAAUUGGCUUUUCCUACCAAAUUUGAUGACGAGACGAGAACUCAGAUCAUAAAGCAGACCACAUCCUCCUGGACGGUCAGACCAAGUAUUGAAAUUCUUGACAUGGUUACCGAGCUAAGUGACUCCUUCCACCUUGAGCAAUUGCGUCGCGUUGGAAAAAUGGCGUAUCGUUCGGCGCUGGGGAGAGCUUUAAAGGAAGGACGUGCUGGGGGUUGCAAAAAGUGUGCAAAUAGACCCGAUAAUUUGAAAGUGGACAAAUCCAUCUUGGAUGGCAUCUCUCCCAGCGAGGAAGACUGGGUCGAGGCUUGUGACGCUAUCAAAUCCCAGAUUGCUGCCGCCGGCUCGCGAAGGUCCGGUUCUCGAGGUGAACGGAUCCACGCCGGGCAGGAUGUCGACGUCGACAUGGGGGAAAGUUUCCGUUUUAUGACCCCAGUGGAUUCCUCGCUAACUUUUUCAAGCGUGGGUGGACUCGAAGAACAAAUUAAAGGGGUCAAGGAAAACAUCCUGUUUCCGCUCCAGAAUAAGGAUAAUUUAGCAGAGUGGGGGGUUCAUCCUGUGAGGGGCAUACUUUUCCAUGGACCACCGGGAACAGGAAAGACACUUCUUGGAAGAGUUCUCGCCGCUGAGCUGACUCGUUUAACGAGCUCGUCAGUUAAGAAAGCCAAGUUUUCCUUCUUCUACCAAAAGGCUUCCGACUGCUUCAACCUCUACGUUGGCGAAACUGAGCGAAACUUGCGCGAAUUAUUCGCCGAGGCGGAAAGGUGCAAACCAUCAAUUAUUUUUUUCGACGAGAUGGAUGGUCUUUGCCCAAGUCGAGAUAAUAGGGAAUCAAGUCGGUGGAGCAAUUCAACCGUGGCGACACUGCUCGGACUGAUGGACACAGUCAAGCGGGGAGAAGUAUUCGUCAUUGCGGCGACUAAUCGGCUCACGUCGAUCGAUCCAGCCAUGAGGAGACCGGGAAGAUUCGAUAAGGAAGUCGCAUUUCAUGUUCCGAAAGAAGAUGGGCGAAAAGUGAUUUUGCAAAUUCACACGAAAGCCUGGAAGAAGGGAAAUGAGGAAGAAGUUCUCGGGGAAAUAGCGAGACAAACUGAAGGAUGGUCAGGCGCAGAUUUAGAACAGCUUUGUCGACAAACUUUUGUUUUUGCAAUACGUCGCCAUUUCUCAUCAUCAAAAGUCGAGGAACCCGAACCGGAAACCGCCCUUAAUCCGAAAUAUGAACUCCGUACCACGAAAACUCCAACAUUCGAAAACUUUGACAUCCUUCCCUGCGACUGGCACGAAUCCAUGUCAACAAUGAAACCAAGCCGAACCAAUGUGUUUGGAGAUUCAGCCCUUAUUUCGAAACCAUUGCCAAACGCUCUUCACAAACUGUUGGAAGGAACUGUGAGCGCAAUUUUAGCUAAAAUUCUGCCAUUAAUUCGUGGGAAGGGCAUAAAAUGUGGGAGCUUCUUGGAAAAGGCGUCCAGUUUGAAGUCAUUCUACAUUUGGGGAAAUACCGAAAAAAAACUCAAAUCCAUUCACGCCCACCUAAUCCCAUCCCUCUUAUCCAGCCAUGAACUCAGAGACGUUAUCGCUUUCACAUUGGAUCUGUCCGGUGUUCCAAACCAGUCCGACUUGGGAUCCACCUUCGAUCAAGUUUUCAACCCGGGUGAAGGAAAAACAAGUAUUUUAUUUAUCCCGGGUAUUGACAAACUUGAGAGACGAUUAACGAAGUUGGGCGACGCUGCAGCCGAAGUCGUGGAAUUUAUCCUGGAGCAGAUCGGCGGAUUUCGUGGGGAGGGCAAUGUUCUUCUUCUGGGGACGGGGAGUGUCCCAUCGUCUGAAUUAGUGCCAGAAUUUGCAUCCAUUUUUAAAGGAACGGGGAAUUCACGCACUUUCGAAAUGGUCAAUCCCACCCAGGAAGCGUACAAAGAGCUGUUUCUUCCUCUGCUACAAUCAUACCCAGCAGCGUUGCGUUACUUUGACGACACUUGCGCCCAUGACAAGCUCGAUAUAAUAGACGCGCUUUAUCUUAAAGGGGAACUAGAGUUGGAAAUUAGCAAGGCUGGUGUACUCGUGGGAAGUGAAAAGACGGCAGAGGAAAUGCUGUUGAAAAUGUUGGAAUCAUUUCAAAAGGAUAACACCGUACAUAGCUAUAGAAUGGCGAUGUAUAGUUAAGCUUCAUAAUUUAUAAAGGUUCCUUAAAUAUUAUUUAUCAUUUUUACCAACAAUUUGUAAUUUAAACCUAAACUUUAACAGAAGACAACAAUAUUUACUUAAAGCCUGAUGAAGCAAAAUAAAACAAAAGUUUGUUUAAUAUCCUGCUAGACCGUUGUAACCCGUACCACUGGUGCUGAUCACACCAGUGAUACGGGUCUCACACACAUCCCACCUGGGGAGAGAUCUAUCUAUUUUUUCAUGAUCACUCAAUCUUACGAGCUUUACGUGUAAAAUUAUCAGAAGUAACUUUACCUGGUUGGUUCAUUUAUUGUUAUGAUCAUGUUAAUUAAGCAAAUAAAAUUUAUACCAAAAAUGUAUAUAGCUUUUAGGUUGUUGUAUCUGUACAUAUAUCGAUAUAUCUAAUAAUUAUAUGUAUUUAUUUGCAGAGGAGCGCAAAAAGUUUACUAUGCUCUAGUUUAACAAUCGAAAUAUAAGUAAAUUGCAUGAUGCAGUUGAAUAUUUUA